AACGAUGCGGACCCCUUCUCGGGGCAAGCCGAGGGGCCGCUGCCUGCAGGAGGUGCUCGGAAAGCAUUUCUGAAGUUUGAGCUACGCCCCCUCCCCCCUGUGACUUGACAGGGAUGAUGAAACCGGCGGGGGACCGAGGAGUCGGCGACCACCCCGGUCCUAUUCCAGAUAUUGGACGAGAAGAGAAAGGAGAGAAGACAGAUGAGGAAGAGGAAGAAGAGGAAGAAGACACUGAGUCCCUUUGGUCAGCUGCCUCGAGGAAUCGCCUUCCCCGGGGAAUUAGUGUUCUUGAGAAGCUCAUUGCAACCUGCCCGGUCUGGCUGCAGUUGGACAUGGAUCAGGACAAGGCAGUUCAGAUCCUGCAAAAGGAAACACCUGGGAUUUUCUUGGUCCGGCGGGAGAGUAAUCUCAAGCACAUGAUCCUCUCGGUCCAUUUCCCUUCCCUGAACGAGACAGUUUCAGAUGUGCUGGAAUACAACAUAAAAGAAGAAAAGUCAAUCCUGUACCUGGAAGGAUCUGUUCUUGUAUUUGAAGAUAUCUUCAAACUGAUAGCUUUCUACUGUGUCAGUAGAGAUUUGCUGCCCUUCACCUUAAGACUGCCUCAGGCGAUUUUGGAAGCCAGCAACUUUAAAGAGCUUGAAAACAUCUCUAACCUGGGGAUAGGUUUCUGGGACUCGUCUCUCAAUCCUCGGAGAAAGAGAGAUACCACUGGGGAGUUCCCAAAGGGCUCAGCUCCGGCUGCACCCCUAGCCACCAGCCUCAGACCCUCACCACGUUAUGCAAACUGCUCAUGUGAAAUUGAGUUGUCAAUAGGAAAUGACAGAUUGUGGUUUGUGAAUCCUAUUUUUAUAGAGGACUGUAGCAGCUCACUACCUUCAGAAGAACCCCUACUUCAAAGCUGCCCAGCCACUUUGGUUCCCCCUGUUGCUACCUCACCUGCUUCUAUAAGAACUCCUCGAAGGCGGCCACCCCCUCCUCCUCUUCCUCCUCCGCCUCUUUCUUUUGCUCCUGCUGCUGCUGCUGCUGUCCCCCUCUCUCCCUCUGCCCCCACUGUCUCUACUGCUGCUCCUCUCUCUCCUCCUGUCCCCCCUGUCUCUGCUACUACUCCCCUCUCUCCCUCUGCCCCCACUGUCUCUGCUACUUCCCUCUCUGCCCCUGCCCCCCCUGUCUCCACUGCUGCUGCUGCUGCCCCUCUCCCUCUUUCUGCAUCUUCGCUUUCAUCAGUUCCUCCACCCUGCCUUCCAGUUGCUAUAUCGUCUGCACCUUCUGCAGGACUUCCUGGAAAGUCUGGCCAGCAGCCUGUAACUCCCUGUGCGAAGGUCCCGCCCCCUCCUGUUAAUCUAGAACAUAUUAGUGAAGACAUUAAAAAGGAGGCCGUCGUGCCCAACUCAUCCCCACACCUCGCGGCAUCCAAAAAGAGCACCCGGCCAGCUAUUCCCCCUAGGAGGAGGCUCUCAGAGAGGAAUUCACUGGAAGACAGCAGUAUGGUGAAGACUGAAGGGGGGGAUGGGAUUGAAGGAGUGAGGUGGCAAGGGGAGCAGCAGGGUUACCCCAAGACCAUUCCCAACAGCCUUUCAAUCCAAAAAGCAACAGGUGCUCCCAGAAGAGCUAUGGAGCAAGUCCUACAGGUGGGGGAACUGGCCAAGGUCAGUGGUCUGGGGAAUGGCCCUGAGCAACAGAAGAAGAGUAAACAACCUCCCGUCCCACCCCCAAGGAAGAAGCGAAUUUCCCGACAGCUUGCUUCCUACCUCCCCAGCCAGCCAGAGAGCCCUGAACCCACAGGUGAACAGUUACAUGGACAACCCGCCUCAACUCUCCCCAUGACCAGCACCCCUGCCCAAGAAGGCCCCACUCCUCAUGUGGUGACUCAGUGGGAGGCCAAAGGCACGCCCCAGUCCUUGGGUUCUUCGGAGUUCAAAGGCUCCAUGGCUUCACUGGCUGACAGCCUGGGGACAUCAGUCCUCACCCCAGACCAGGACUCCUACUCGACCAGCAGCGCAGAGGAUGAUCUGGACCACUUCAGCAGCCCCAGUGUGAAGAAGAAGUCCUCCGUGAUGUUGGGAAAAGCCAAACACCGCCUGUCCUUUGUGAAUUUCUCCAACGUCUUCAAUGCCUUCCUUUCCAGCAACCGUAAGCUGCAAAAAAAGCUGGUGGAGUUGGCGCAGGACAAGGACUCGUACUUCGGCAACCUGGUACAGGACUAUAAAGUGUACAGCUUGGAGAUGAUGGCGAAGCAGAGCUCCAGCACAGAGAUGCUCCAAGAAAUCCGAAUGAUGAUGACCCAGCUGAAGAGUUACCUGCUGCAGAGCACUGAGCUGAAGUCUUUGGUGGACCUUACCCUUCAUUCCGAAGAGGAACUCGAAGCCAUUGUGGAGUCUGCGUUAUAUAAAUGUGUGCUGAAGCCCCUGAAGGAGGCCAUUAAUUCACACCUCCAGGAAAUCCACAGCAAGGACGGCACCCUCCAGCUCCUAAAGGGAAAUCAGUUAGUCAUCUUAGCCACCACCACCACGGACCUGGGUGUGACAACCAGUGUGCCAGAAGUGUCUGUCAUGGAGAAGAUCCUUCAAAAGUUCACCAGCAUGCAUAAGGCCUACUCCCCUGAGAAAAAGAUUGCCAUCCUGCUUAAGUCCUGCAAACUCAUCUAUGACUCCAUGGCUUUAGGGAACCCAGGGAAACCCUAUGGAGCCGAUGACUUUCUUCCAGUCCUCAUGUACGUCCUCGCCCGUAGCAACCUCACAGAAAUGCUUCUGAAUGUUGAAUACAUGAUGGAACUGAUGGACCCAGCUCUGCAGCUGGGAGAAGGUUCCUACUAUCUCACCACGACCUAUGGGGCCCUGGAACAUAUCAAGAACUAUGACAAGAUCACUGUCACAAGGCAGCUGAGUGUGGAGGUACAGGAUUCCAUCCAUCGCUGGGAACGCCGCCGGACCCUCAACAAGGCCCGAGCUUCUCGUUCAUCCGUGCAGGACUUCAUCUGCAUUUCCUUCCUGGAGCCGGACAACCAAGCCCGGACACUGGCCUCAAAGUCGGACACUUUGGCUGAGCAGCUGAGAGUUCAGUGUGCUGAGAAGUUUGAAGUGACCCAGCCCCAAGACCACAGACUCUUUGUCCUGGUGGAUGGCAAGUGCUUCCAGCUGGCAGACGACUCACUUCCCCACCACAUCAAAGCCUACCUACUAAAAAGCGAGCCCAAGAGGGAUUUCCAUUUUAUUUAUAAAGAGAUGGACAGAGGAGAUACCCAGACCCCCAUUGUAAAGGAUCCAAACUUUCUCUAAAAGCAAGGCCAUCCUUGCAGCUCCUCGUGUAUGAAGGCAGAGGUGUGCUCAUGGUGUUUACAGUGUGGGAUUCAGGCCUGGGAUUUGGAUCUCACUAAUAUGCAGUAUUUUCCCCAAGAUCUUCUCUCCUACUAUUAGAAGAAAACCAUUGUGGACCGGAGCAAUAGAGUGUGUGUAUACACACACACACACACAUCUUCAGAGCUUAGAAUCAUUGACUACUCAGAGUACAUUAAAAGCAUCCAGUCCAACUUCCUUCAUUUUAAAAAUGAAUAGAGUCCCAGAGAUGGGAAAUGACUUGCCCAAUAGCGGUCACAAAGCUAGUGAGAAGUAAAGCUGGGACUUUUCAAACUCAGGUCUCCUGUUUUGGACCCCAAGGCUCUCUCCAUUAUGGCUCCUCCCUAGGCCAAAGAGCCUCAACCUUUUCCAGAGAAAAGUACACUGGGAAAAUUACCCCCAAACUGUAGUAGAUAGGACUGCCUGACCUUGGGGGAAGGGAGGAUGAGGAGGGAGGGGACUCCAGCUCCAAGGGCCCUAUGGUUGCAGUCAACAAGUCCUGCUUCAAGACCGACCAGACAAUGGCAAUUGGCCAGGUGUGGAUCCCUACCUUGGGCCCUCCGUGAACCAAACUUUUUGAAGUGGGGCCCCAAUGUUAGGGCUCACAAAGACUACCAGGAGGUGGGUUAGCACUUCCUCUAAAUGUCCUGUGCAGUGAGAAUGGAUAGGUUUCAGAAAUCCCUCUGACACUGUAGCAGGCUACAGUCAGGACUUCCACAGGAAACAAAAGGGGAGCCUUUGCCACUGUCCCUUCAGCUGGACACCUCUGGGGCCCAAGGAAGGGGAAGUGCCAGUCCCAUCAACCCCACUGUCCUCAGGAAUGUUUACCUUGUCGCAAUGAAGAAUGGAGCCCCCAAUUAUCCUUCUCAACUGAAGGGAAAACUGACAAGAACACAUUAAUAAGGGAGGUGGAGAUUCAGUUGUGUAAGUGUAAUGUACUUAUGUUUAAUAAACAUAAUUUUGAAACUGG